AUAUUACAGCACUCUUCUACAGACGCUUCAGUCAUGUGACGAGCAGACGGUUUCGGCGGUGAGGGCGGGGCUUAUUUCUCGUUUGGGUCCCGACAUGGAGACUUUCCUGCAGCUUCUUCAGAACCAACCGUGUUCUGCAGAUUCUGCCGGAGCCUCGGCUUUCAACAACCCGUCCAGCUGGAGGAACACACCUGUGUUCAACAUCCAGCCGGGAUUCAGAGGUCGCGACCCCACUCACUUGUUCGCUAGGAAGAGGUCUGUGGACGACAUGGAGGGGGGCGUCAACACAGAGCAGUAGAUAACACACACAUUAUCACACACACACGCUUUUAUGCACAUUAGGGCUGGGUGAUAUCGUAGAAAAAGCAAGAUUUUUGGACUAAAUACCUCGAAAUUGUGACAAAAUUCAAUAUAUUGUGAAAGCUGUAAUGACAUUUUUGGUAAAUAAGCAAAACAGAGUACAUGAACUCAAGUACAUUAACACACACACACACACACACACACACACACACACACACACACACACACACACACACACACGCUGCUAUGCACAUGAAAAAUACCAAACAAUGUUGGACCAAAAACCUUGAAAUUGUGACAAAAUACAUUAUAUUUGCUGGAUAAUCAUCAGGAAUGUGCAUUUAACCAACAAUAGAUUGCAUUUUGCAGUAUAAUAGAGUACAUUUACUCAAGUAUUGUACUUUUUUUACACACACAAAAAUAGCAAUUUCUUUUGACCAAAUACCUUGAGAUUGUGACAAAAUUCAUUACAUUUUGCAAGCUGAUAUGCAUAUUUGCUAAAUAAUCAUCAGUAAUGCAGUGUAAUAAAGUACAUUUAUUCAAGUAUUGUACUUUUUGAAGUAGUUUAUACUACUUUGGAAAGGCACACACACAUGCUUUCAUGGGUGAUAUGCAGAACGAUAUCGGACCAAAUACCUCAAAAUUCAAUAUAUUGUGCACGCUGCAAUGAUUUUUUUGCUCAAUAAUCAUCAGUACUGUGUAAUAAAGUACAUUUACUCAAGUAUUGUGCUUUUUUAAGUACUUUAUAAUGUGGAAAAUCAAAAUAAAUCUCAUUUAAUGCAGCCUUACAAUUCAGAUAAACGACAUUUACUCUUAUAUUUAUAAUAUAUGAAUAUAUCGCCCGGCCCUAACUCACGCUGAUACCUUUGCGAACAUGCAGAUUAAUGAUCACCUGUUGCAGCUUUAGUUGGGGGUCUGGGG